AUGAUCCAUGAAUCUGUGAAUCCUUCACUUGCAGUCACACUUUGAUCAAACAGCCAGCCGGCAGGGAGAGAGAGACAAGGCGUUCUUCUGAGUAGGGUAUUUCAUUUCUCUGUCCACGAAGUAAGAACUCACAGACGCAGGGGCUUUCUCUCUGGAUCUUGAAAUGACGAAAUUUAGAAAGCUAGGUCGACCCACAGGUCACCGUAUGUCUAUGCUCAGAACAAUGGUUUCCCAGUUAGUGAAGCACGAGCGCAUUGAAACCACUGUUGCCAAGGCAAAAGAGAUACGACGACUUGCAGAUAAUAUGGUACAGCUUGGGAAAGAGGGCUCCCUUUGUGCUGCAAGGCGUGCAGCUGCUUUUGUUAGAGGGGAUGAUGUCCUUCACAAGCUAUUUACAGAACUGGCUUAUCGUUACAAGGAUAGAGCAGGUGGUUACACAAGACUGCUUCGGACCCGCAUAAGAGUUGGUGAUGCUGCACCAAUGGCCUACAUUGAGUUUAUCGAUAGAGAAAAUGAGCUUAGACAGUCAAAACCUCCAACUCCUCAACCACCACAGCGAGAACCUUUGGAUCCCUGGACAAAAUCCCGACUCAGCAGACAGUUUGCACCUCCUAAAGAAGAAAAGAGUCCUCAGAUGUGAUAUAAAAGUCAUUCAGCUCCUUUUUUUCAGGAAAAUGUUUCUACUGAUUUGUUAGCUUGCAAUGUAUCUCCGACUUUUCCUGUUAAGCAAAGUUCAAGUUUUAUACUGGUGGCGCUUAUACCAGCAUAGCAACUACAUAAAUAACUAAUGAUUGCUGUUUUUCUUUGAGAACAUAGAUGAAAUAGUGUUCUAAUUCACUCAAA